AUGCCGCCUUCUUCCACCUCUCAUUCCCUGGUCUCCGAGGUCAUAUUUGCUUCGUCUUACCGAGAAGGUGCAGCAAAGUGUAUAGGACAUGCCAAAAGCAAGUCACGGUGUUGUAAAAGAUCCAUCAGCCAGGCCAAUGUGAAAGAGCACGACAACCACAUGAAGUUUCGCCACGCGGUUUCGGAAGAGGCUAGGAAGAAGAAAGAGGAGGAAACCGAGAAGUUUAUUCAAGACCAGCGAGAGGCUGGCAAGAAUGAGGAUGGAGUAAUUCGAUCUCCCACUCCUUGCGCUCCUCACUCUCCUUACUCUCCUCCCACCCUUCCCACCUCUCAGUCUCCUUACGGUCAUCCGGCUCUUCAAGCUCACCCAGCUCCUGCCACUCCUCCCGCAACUCCUCCCGCCACUCUCCGUAUCACGGAUGAGUGUCCCUCAGAGUCGGAUUCAGACUCUGACUCUGACUCUGACUCUGAAGAGCAAGGGACUGGUACGGUCGACCCAUGGACGGCCUACCAGGCGAGGUGGAAGGAUAUAAUAGACAAUGGUGUUAAGAACGGUAUUCCCUUGGAAUACCAGAUGCCAUGGCCGGUCGUCUCAGGCCAUUUUGCAGAUGUUAAUCAUCUGCAGAUCCGGGCCUUCUUUGAAAGAAUUUCUGCCGACAUGGACAGUCUGCAGAUCGGUAGAAUGCUUUACCAUGAACUUAUGCGUUGGGAACGUUCUGGCAUAAGAAAGCGGUUUGGGAGGUCCUUUUAUAUGGGAUAUAAAUCUGAGCUGAAGGUUAUCCAGGCCGUUGUACACGAGUGCGCAGCAGACUUUUGGAUUUAA